GUAACCUUUAACUUCAUCGCAAGUAUAGUUACUUUUCCUAUCAUGAAGUUAACAUCUGUAUUUUUUUUUAUUUCUCUAGAUCACGAAAUCAUUUAGAUUUUCGUGAAAGUCAUUCUCGGUUGAGGUUAAUAAUAGUUCUAAUUAAAAAUUGUAGAGAAGUAGUUUAAAGUGUAGUGAAAGCGAUAUAAUCGACGAGAAAUGGAUACCGAACAAAUUCUUAAAUACGACGUCAAACAAUGUAUAAAUUUAAUAGUGGCUGGCAAAGGUGUAGAGGUUACCGAAGGAUGGACCAAACUUGAAAAACUACAAACCGAGCCUCUCUACAGACAAUUAAACAAUUACGAAUGUAUCUUAAGAGAAAUACUUAACGGUCAGAUAUUAAAUGUACAUGAGGUUCCAAAAGUCCUGACAUGGUUCUCAAAAUAUUUAACCGACAAACCGUUCUGCAUCAAUCCAAUCUCAAACGAUGUUGCAGCUAUGUUACGGAACACUGAGAUCACCGACAUGUCUGAUUUAACAAUGAUUCUUCAAACCUUACUGGAACACAGCGUAUAUUUACCAGAAUCUACGAAUCAUUCGAAGCUAUGCGAAGCAAUCGUUAUAAGUCUCUCCACGUUUUCAAUGCCGCCUGAUCCAAAAAAGAUUUCAGAGUUCACUGAGAAUGCGACCAAAGUUCAAAACUUUUUAAAAGUUAUGCGAACAAAGUCUGAAAACAUUGAAAACGAUAAUUUAAUUUUUAUAUGCCUCCAAACAUUAUAUAGAAUUAUAUCGGAUACAGAACGUAAACAAGAUCCAGGACCUGGCUUAGCGGCUGUAUUACAACUGGUGGAACCGUCUAUUAUUCCGCAAGCUGUGGACUGGAUUGUUUCCGAAUCGCACAGUGAUUUUCAGUUAGCCCAAGCUUUAAGAGUUCUGUGUCAUUGGCUUCCAAAAUGGAGAGGGGAUCGACUUAGCAUUUGGAUUAUGGAAUUUAUAUACGGUUUAGAAAAACAACAUAAAUAUUCUAUACUUAUAGAGGUGGCAAAGGCAACGCUGGACGUAAUGUUUCGCGCUUUGUUAGUACCAGUGAUCCGGCAAAAUGCUUCCACGGUUAUAUUUUAUAUUUUAAAAAGGCAAGGAUCUCCGUCCCUGUUUCGAACUAUACUGCGAAAUACACAAAUGGCAUUGACUUACUUAAUAAAAGAAGAUUCCGAUUCGAGCAUGGAAUGUAGACAAAACUUACUCGAUAUUAUGAAAAUACUUAUGAUAAGGUUCCCGGAUCUAUGUCAAUACGGUCAUUUAGACAAUAGUUUCCUAGUGCAACCACGAAUGAACAUUUGUAAGGAAAUAUGGAACGAUCACGUCUGGAUGGAUGAAACCGAAAUAAUCGAGCCAAUAAUCGAAUCACCGAAACCGCACAAUGGGAAAGUCGGGCUUUCGAAUCUUGGAAACACGUGUUAUAUGAAUAGUGUACUACAAUCGUUGUUAAUGACCAGACGAUUUUGUUACGAAGUAUUAAUGUACAAAUCUUUGAGCAAAACCGACGACCAGGCUGUAAUUAAUAAGUUACAAAAUCUAUUUACUCUUUUGUUGUACUCGAAGAGGAUUUCCUUGGCGCCAACUGAAAUUUUGUUGGCCUCUCGUCCUGCUUACUUUCUGCCGGGUCAACAACAAGACAGUUCAGAAUUUCUCUGUCAUCUGUUGGAUCUUUUACACGAGCAAGAAAAAUCUACCGCGAACUGUGAAGCUAAUGAUUCUAAUCCCAAGUAUAAAGAUGAUAAGGAAAUAAAUUAUGUUUCUUCUGUAAACGACGAAGGAGGCAGUAUUAAACGUUGGACAACGGAAGAAGAUUUAACCGGAAGUAUAGCUUUAGAAAGAAAAACACAAUCGUUAGCAGAUUUUACGCAAGGAGAAGAUUUAGCACAAACACAGCAACUUAGUGAUUCACAUUCGGACUCUACAGACAGUGGUAUACAAUCUGUGGGCGCUGAAGAUACGAGUACACAAGUACCUCUUGUACAUAGGGUUUUAGGUGGAAAAUGUAAAAUUACUUAUCAGUGUGCUCAAUGUGAUACUAGUUCUCAUAAUACAGACAAGUUUCGUGACUUGCAACUGUGCUUCCCGGAAGAGAUACAGGAGAACCAAGAAGUCUCUGUCCAAGAUUUAAUCAAUUAUUAUCUCAGACCAGAGAAGAUGACUGGCGAGAACAAAUACCGAUGCGAUAAAUGUAUGAAACUUUGUGACGCGCUAAGGUUUAUAAAAAUUCUCCAUGCACCGACAUAUUUAAUUUUGAUUCUGAAACACUUUCAUUACGAUUUCGAUACUAGACUAAGAACGAAACUACGGCACAAAGUGAUGUAUAACGAAACUAUACAAUUACCGGUAUCGACGCCUUUAUGCACAUCUACCAAAACGUAUCAACUGUACGCCGCCGUUGUACACUCUGGUUAUAGCAUGGAUUAUGGUCAUUACUUUACUUACGCUCGUGACUCGAAGCAAAAUUGGUACAAAUUUAACGACAGUUACGUCUCGCAAACAACGUUUAACGAUUUCAAGGAUUUGAAACCACCGGACACGCCAUAUAUAUUAUUUUACGAAAGAUCUGACCCGUUCGAAGGAAUCUACAACGAGGAGAAACCGGAACUGUCGACGCUGAGCAAACAGUUGCAGGAACUGGUGGCGAAUGAUACCACAGCCUAUAUCGAGGAAUUAAGACAUCAAGCUGAGAAAUCCCAACACCGACAUAGCUCGAUAUUGUUACGAAAAAAUGAAAAUUCCGACGACGAAAAUCCUCCACCCAGUAGCUGUCGGGGCGCGGUCAACAUGCCUGCAAGUCGUUUCCUGUAUUAGGUUAUUUAAAUAUUUAAAUACUAUAUUCUUUUACAAAGUUACUCAAAGUUCCAGGUGAAUUUGUAAUACAUUUUCCUUAUCGUAGAAAGGAAGAUGAGGUUCCUUUGUAAUUACAGUGCUAUUGCAUCGAUCGGUAUAAGUGUUCGAUAUAUUCAAAGAUAGUAUUUUCUGAAAAUUGAUACACACUACAGCCCCGUUUUAUUUUCUGAUGUACGUUACUGUUAUACAAUAUUUCGGUGCGUAGAACACAUUUACACGUGAAUGUAUAUUUCCGGUCUCAACAUUCGAGUACCACGUUGCAAAAAUUUAUGAAUCAAUGGAUAUUUAAUUAAAAUAUUGUUAAGUAUAGUAAACUGAGCGUUCAUGGAAUUUUCUUGAUAUUUAUGUUUUAUAAAGAUUUAAUAAGAUAAUUUUUAAACGUGCCAGAGGUACAUCGUCUCAUAGAAUUUGUAAAAAAUACUACACCGUCGUUGCUGGAAAGUGUAUUAUAAAAUUGUAAUGGAGAAAGAAUGCAAACUCAAUACUUUGUAAGAAACGUAAUAUUAUAAUUGGCUGUGUUUUUACAUAGAUACGUGCGUAUAAAAAACAGUAUUUAAGCGAUACGAGAAAUACUAUCAAUUUGAUAACUGUGUUAUAUCUGCUCCGACAAAUGCCUUUUGUCAUGCAAGAAGAUACACACGCGUUAUUUGUUAAACAUUAUUGCAUCAAAACUUUGUCCCUUUCUCAAUGGUUACUUGAACUUUACUCGAACGUUGUUCCAUAAACAUGAUGUAUAUAAAUUUGUAUCUCGCUUGACAAAUAGCAUUUCUUUCUUUUAGAUAAAUUGGCCGCUAUUUAAAGAUUUAUUUUAUCUAUAGCCAGGAGUUAUUGUCAAAUUGAUAAUAUUAAUUUUGUAAUUCAGUAUUCAACGAAAAUAUAUAUAUUAUCCAUUUUAAUUUAUAAUCGAGAUACCGUGUCACACGGUAUUCGUUAGGUCUUAUAUAUUUGUAAAUGCCCCUGAACGGUAUGUGAAUAAAUUAUUCAAAGCAACUCUUUUUUAAUAGACAUAGUAACAUUUAUUUAUUGUCUAUUUAAACGUUUAUUCCUGUA